AUGAUGUUGGGCCCUGAUGGAAAGGUCUCUGAUAUCCGGCAAUACAGUUUGUGGGCAACAGUUUUUGAGCAUCACCAACCUGCUAGUAAGCUGCGCAAGCGGCUGAAUAAGCCUCCCGCGGAUGGUCACACGGCAUACCCAAAUAAGCACUACCAGCGUUUGGGUCGCGACCGCAGUCGUGUAACCUUUGCAGAAUCUCGUCCUACGGGUGAGUGUAGCUCCCCUUCUUGGGAGUUAAUGGCCGGCAGGACGAGCUGCCGCGCGCCCGCUGAUGAUCCGGAAGUCGACACCAUUAGCAGAGGAAUUAAGUUGGGGUGGCCUUCUCAUUGGAUUUCGGUCUCUUUCGCUCUCCCGCCGCCUAGAACCACCGCAAAAUGGCAUUUCAAUCAAUCAAUCAUCUACGCCAAUUCUGGCUUCGGGCCUGAACAACCCGGCCACCGCGCGAGCGAGACCUGCCGGCUCUGUCCUAAAGUACGUACUGGAGGUGCCUCAUCUCUCGAGGGCAAGUCGGGCCCAAUGACUGGCCUGGACACUUCGACUGCGCAAGCCAGUGGGCUUAAGACGUCCUUCCAUUGGGUUGGCGGCCAGCUAGCAAAGCGUUUCUCCCCGCACUAG